AUGGUUCUCCGCCACGCUCUACGAAUUACUGAUAGCAAGAUAAUGCAACGCUCGCUGCACACGAACGCAAUGGACAAGCUUCGUCCGCUGUGGCAGAAGCGGUGGUCGAUGCUCUCUACAGCUAGCUACACGAACGAAGGCUUGCAAGACGAGAGCGGAACCAUUGAAGUCGCAAAGAGACAGCAAGCAGUGCGCAGUGACAACUAUCAACUCGUGAUCGUGGGCACUGGUUGGGCUGGGUACCAAAUGUUUACAGAGUGCUCCAAACAUCUUGCGGAUAUCGAGAAGAACGUAGGCGGCAAGAACGUGGACAUCGUCAUCGUCUCCAUGCGGAACUCCAUCACGGAGCCAAUUCGCGACGGAAUGCUCCGACACGAAGGUGAUUUCCAUCUCGCCAGUGUCAAGGAGAUCGAUCCCGAGAAGAAGGAUCUGUUCGUCAAGUCUGCGCUGGGCUCUCGUCGAGAGUAUCCUAUCAAGUACGACACGUUGGAGCACGCGUUCUUCCUUAAGGAGAUCCACCACGCACAGAAAAUCCGCAACCGGAUUCUGGAAAACUUCGAAGUGGCUACACAACCUGGCGUCACACCUGAGGAGAAGGCACGUCUGCUGCAUUUCGUCGUGGUGGGUGGAGGCCCCACGGGCAUUGAGUUCUGUGCAGAGCUGUAUGACUUAGUGCUUCAAGACCUCCGACACAUGUACCCCGAAGUGUCCAAGUAUCUCGGUGUAACUCUGUUAGACUCUGGUGAAAUCCUAAGUGGCUUUGACAAGCAACUACGCGAGUCACGAAGCAGCAUGCGGAAUCCGCAUCAGAUCGAGUCACGAAGCAGCAUGCGGAAUCCGCAUCAGAUCGAGUCACGAAGCAGCAUGCGGAAUCCGCGUCACCGCUGA